AUGGUUCCGGAUCUCGACCCCUUGCUCUCCCGCUGCCCGCGCUUGCGCACACUCCGGCUCGGGAGCAUUGCGGUUGCAGAUUACAGGGACGAGCUGAGGGUCAACUCGGCAUCGCUGCACGAGCUCGUCGUGGACCUCUCGCGCAACUGGACACGCCAUCGCCAUGUCAACAUCGUUGCCCCCAUGCUUAAGCAAUUGACUUUCUCAUUUGUCGCCUCGAGUGUCACCAUUUCCGUCAUGGCACCGAUGGAGGAGAAGGUCCGGUGGGACUGCUCGUACUGCACCUAUGACAGGGCGUCUAUUGUGUUUGGUCUUUGGCGACUCGAGCAGGUGACACUACAGACGGCAGAGAGACAAGGACAGCUCAAGAUUUGUAGCUCGCAUGCUUUACACAGUGAAGGGAACACCUUUGUGCAGGAGAUAGAGAAGCAUAUGAUUGCCGAGUUUUCUGUUUUGGAGCUACAUCUCAUAGCAAAUGGACAUGUUUUCGGAGCACUCAUGUUUCAUCUCUUAGGGGUGAUUCGGAUUUGUAGGUCUAUGCAGAGGCUGAAGGUUAUCCUAAAUAGAUCACAGGUGAAAGCAGAAUGCCCAUUUGGUUGUCCUUGUGAGCCUUCCUACUGGAGAUCCCAAACAAUCUCCUUGUUUGCUCUGGAGGAAGUGGAGAUCAACGGGUUCGAAGGAGAGGACCAUGAGUUUGAUCUAUUGAAACUGGUAUUCAAAUGUGCGCCACUGCUUAAAAAGAUGACAGUGAAGUUGUCACGGAAGGCCUCAGCAAGCACAAAGAUAUACAGCAUCUUCAAUGCAUAUUCGUCCGUGGAAUGCAAUGUUUAUCACAACUCCCGUGAGUAUAUUGUUUGGCAGGCAUUAUCAGCAUACUCCUAG